UUUUUCAAAUAUAUUUAGUUUUGGUUAUAGCUGUCUUCCUAGAUAAGUUAGCAUCAGUCACACCGUGGCAAUAGGCUUGAAAGCAAAGUCGAUCAAAUCGAGUUAUUCACCUUAUUCGCCCACGAAUGCAAGCGAUGAAGAUUAUCACCCUAGCAAGGGUAGAAACUUCACUUUUGUCAAGAGCAGAGGGCAUCAUCAACAACAAGUGCUUAGUCGAAAUCUUCAUUAUCCAUUGAUUGUGAGGUGUUAAUUUUGCCCACGAGAAAGACGAGGUUUCAGUAUGAUCAAUACUUGAUUGUAACAGCCCCUCGACCCACGGGUUUAGACAUGAAUCUAAAAUGACUGUAAUCACUGUAUGUGGAGUGAAAUUGCCGAUGCAAUUGAAAUAAAAUGCAAUUAGGUGUAAAACGGGAACAAAAGUUCUACACCCAAAAUGGCGCCUUCAAAACACCUCUGUUCACACCACACAGCAUAUAUAGUGACACUAUUGACUAGGAAAAACACAUACAUUUCAACUCGACUGAUAAUCAUACAAUUCGCCAGUUCAAAAACUAUGGAUGUUCAAAUUCGCCUUGCAAGAAAAAGCGAUCUAUGUGCCGUGAUAGGAAUGUCAGAGGAAUCUAUGAAGGCCACGAUUACCUCCCGUUUGUCUUUCUUCGUUGGCUUGAGGAUCCUAAUCGAGGAAUCUUUGUUGCAGAAAAAGAAGGAGAUGUUAUUGGAAUACGGGCAUUUCACAUUAUUGACGAGGGGACAACUGUCGUAAGCCAAAGUUUACGUGUCCAUCGAGAAUACCGAAGACAGGGCAUUAGCGGGCUAUUGAUCCUUGCGGAAAACCGCUAUGUGCAAACCCAUUUUCCAAGGGUAACCACGGAGCGUUACACGACAAUGUCUACUAACGUUGGCCGUUUAGCCAUCCACAGGAAAUCUCAUGGAGAAAAUCUUUUGCUGGAGUUCGGGAUCAUCGCAUUUUAUAUUAAUCCCGCGACCGUUUCGACCCGCGAAAGAAAUUGCGCAAAUUCGCAAGUUAGGAAAAUAGAUAGCGUGGAAUUUCAAACGCUCGUCAGGGAAGGAAGACUGGAUCGUGUUCUUCAAAGAGGUACCAUGGUUAUCGAUUGGGAACCAUUUAAAGCCGUUGAAAGCAACGUCAGUUGUGGCUUAGUGAAUGAAGGCGACUCCUUGUUCGUAUCUAAAGCACAAAAAGAGGACCAGAUUCAGGGCUUGAGUCAUGGUCGCCUUUCCCAGAGGGUGAAAUGCCUUCACUGGGCCGCGACUAUCUACACGGAGAAUGUGAAACUGCUUACUGUCCACAUUGCGAAGCAACUCAGAAACGCUACGAUUCAAGCCAGGAAAAAGAGUUUUAUUUUUUCAUGUUUUAUUCCAACUUGUUUUGUGCCUGAAGCAAAGAAGCAUGUUUUAGACGAAUUUUCGCUCGAAUAUGUGGAGUUCUUUAAUUUUAAUUUAAUGCUUUUCGAGAAAAAAUUCUGUCAAUAAAUGUGUCUUACAUGCAUUAUAUAUAGAAAUAAAUGAAGUUUAACAACUAUUAAAUAUAUAUGGUGUUUUAUUUCAUCAGUGAUAUACGGUACUAACUGAACAGUAUUCUUUUCCGUGUAUAUUAAA